AUGUCAGUUUUUGUUUCGGGUGCCAACGGGUUCAUUGCCCAGCAUAUUGUCGAUCUCUUAUUGAAAGAGGACUAUAAGAUCAUUGGUUCUGCUAGAAGUCAAGAAAAGGCCGAUAGGUUAAUGGAGGCUUUCGGUAACAACCCAAACUUUUCUAUGGAGAUUGUUCCAGACAUUUCUAAAUUAAAUGCAUUUGACCACGUUUUUCAAAAGCACGGUAAGGACAUUAAAGUAGUCUUACAUACGGCAUCUCCUUUUUGUUUUGACAUCUCUGAUUGUGAACAGGAUUUGUUAAUUCCCGCACUAAAUGGUGUUAAAGGAAUUCUCAGUUCCAUCAAGAAAUACGCUGCGAGUACCGUGGAACGUGUGGUGCUAACUUCUUCCUAUGCAGCUGUGUUCGAUAUGGCAAAGGAAAGCGAUAGGUCUUUAACAUUUAAUGAAGAAUCCUGGAAUCCAGCAACCUGGGAAAGUUGCCAAAGCGACGCUAUUAGCGCUUACUGUGGUUCCAAAAAGUUUGCUGAAAAAGCAGCUUGGGAAUUUUUGGAGGAGAAUAGAGACGCUGUAAAGUUUGAAUUAACUGCCAUUAAUCCGGUUUACGUUUUUGGCCCUCAGAUGUUUGACAAAGAUGUGAAAAAACACUUGAACACAUCUUGUGAGCUCGUCAACAACUUGUUGCAUUUGUCACCAGAGGACAAAAUACCUGAAAUGUUUGGGGGAUAUAUUGAUGUUCGUGAUGUGGCAAAGGCUCACUUGGUAGCUUUUCAAAAGAGGGAAACAAUUGGGAAAAGAUUAAUCGUAUCAGAAGCUAGGUUUACUAUGCAGGAUAUCCUGGAUAUACUUAAUGAGGACUUCCCCGUCCUAAAGGGUAAGAUUCCAGUGGGUAAACAAGGUACAGGUGCUACUCACAAUACUCUUGGUGCCAAUCUCGAUAAUAGUAAGAGUAAAUCACUAUUAGGUUUCAAGUUCAGGAACCUAAAGGAGACCAUUGACGAUACUGCUUCCCAAAUUUUAAAAUUCGAAGGUAGAUUAUAA